CCUGCGCACUUCCCAUUCGAGAAUUUCUAAGAAUCUUCCUCCCGUCAGACUCAGAACCUCCACCAGGUUACGUCAGUGCACAGUGCAUCGAUUAUCACGAGAACGCUUCACCAAAGCUCUUCAGUUCAUCUAGGUGACCCUCAACGAAACAGAUAAUUAAGACAAUAUGGGUGUCCCCGCCGGCGACGUAGAAAAGGGAAAGAAGAUUUUCGUCCAGAGAUGCGGACAGUGUCACACAAUCGAAGCGGGUGGCAAACACAAAGUUGGCCCUAAUCUUCAUGGGUUAGUGGGUAGGAAAACAGGUCAGGCCCCGGGAUUCAGCUAUUCGGACGCUAAUAAAGCUAAAGGAAUCGUCUGGAACAAGGAGACUCUCUUUGAGUACCUGGAGAACCCAAAGAAGUACAUUCCCGGGACGAAAAUGGUGUUCGCUGGAUUGAAGAAACCCCAGGAACGUGGGGAUCUAAUUGCAUAUAUAGAGUCAGCGUGCAAGUAAAUUAUUAAAAACGAAAACUAAACGCAUCGACGAGCGUGCACUCUUGGCAUUUUCACCCGUCAUAGACAACUCAGAACCAAUGAUUCGAAUAGCGAUGUCUCAGUCUAUUUUGCUGGUGUAAAUGUUGAAGACAUGCGAGACGAUACUCAUGAAAAGAAAAAAGUACAUAAAAGUUUAAAGCAAUGAAACGCUGGCGCGUUUGAGACUAGUAAAUGAAUUGUUAAAAAUAAGUAGGUCAAAAUAAAAUAACUCGAUUCAUUCACUAUAACUUGCGCGUUAUUGAAUUGUAUCGAAGUUGUGAGCACUGUAUUAAUUUGAUGCCCGUGGUUCAAUAUUUAUUGUCAUUUUAAUAUUUUUUUCCCCGAAAAUUGUGUCAAUCUGUACAAAUUGUUCAUCAAUAGUUGGAAGGAUCAGUGUUAAAAUACAAAUUCGAUGAAGUAUU